AUGGAGGAUGGUGGGAGAGCCCACACUGCCAUUGUUGGCUGGGCCUGCACGACCCUGUGCUUGGUCACCUACGUGGCUGCCUUCUCACAGGGUGCAAGCCUUUCUGCCUGCACUGACAUGAUGCCCAGGCACCUGAGGGUGCAGCUGCACAGCUCCAACAACAACUAUGUCACUGUCCACACCAACGUGUCCUUCUACUUCCCGGGAGACAAGGUGCCAGUGACAGUAAGAAGUACCCGGGAUUACAUGGGCUUUAUGCUGCAAGCUCGCAAAGUGUCCAACAAUGAAAUUGCUGGCACGUUCAUCUUCCUGCCUCCUGGUUCCAAGCUGCUGACUUGUUUUGAAGAUGGUGACACUGUCACACACUCGGACAAGUCACUGAAGAGAAACCUGUCCUUCAUAUGGAAAGCACCAGACCAACCCAUUGGAGACAUCAAGUUUUUCAUCUCCAUAGUCCAGUCAUACUUCGUUUACUGGGCAAAGAUUGAAUCUGCUGUUGUGGCUGAGGGAGGGCAAAACAAGACACUUGCUGACAAGAAGCCCAACACUGUGGCCCCCGCGCCCCUGCAGAGACCAGCUGCCUUUCACCCCACAGGUCCCAUCUCUCCUGCAGCUGCCACUGGCUCCCUGCUGCCUGCCAGCCCCACUGGCAUCGUGGCAACACCAGCACCAGAGCCAGGUUUUGCUGUGGGGUUGGACACUCAUCCCAUUGCUGAGCCAAAGCAGCCAGCCCGGACUUUGCGGGUUGUGUCCGGCAGGAGCUUCCAGUCCAGAGGCCACGGGCUGGAACUGUCCCUUCCCACCCAAGAUGUUGGAACGGUGGAUGCCUGGCAAGGUUCCCUCUCCCAGGACAAUGCCUCCAGCUACAGCACCUUCAAUGGACAUGACUACAGGCUGCUGGAAAUGUGUGUGCUUAGAGAUACAGAAUACAGAGUUAAUGGGGGCAGUACUGAGAGCGGGACCAUCUUGAAAGCCUCCUUACGUGUGACAGCGUCUCCCUCUGCCCUGCACAUACGCACUCACCUGGGUGACAUUGCUGCAACCACAGCCUGGCUUGGUGAUGCCAGCGCUGCUGGCAAUUUGUCUUCAGCUUCGAGGCAAAUGGCAGGAAGAGAGUUGGCACGGCAGCCAGAGGAGGCAGGCACCAGGGGUGAGGAGGACAAGGAUGAGCAGGAGGCAGCUGGGAAUACCCUGCCAUGGGUGACCAGAGCAGCUCCCGAAUCUGCUGUUCCUGGGAAAGGGGAAGGCCCUGGCAGAGGACCCCGACUGCUUGCAGCCCAGCUCAGCAUCCUCCUGGUGUGCACGGCCACGCUGGGCCUGGCGCUGGCAGCUGCCAUGCGCUGUGUCUGUGCCCAGCACUGCCACAAGCGAGCCGAGGUGUCCUUCAGCGAGCCCGAGCCCGACGUCAUCACCGUCACGGAAAACGGGGAGGUGAUGCACUUCCAAAAGAUCCGGGAGAACAGCUUCGUGCUGGUGCAAGCUCAGUACAACUGGGUCAGCCCUUCGAGCAGUGGGAAGAAGACAAUGGUGGUUUAG